GUCUUGUUCAAAAUCUGCUAGACUGUGGAUACGACACUGUAUUUUGAGACCUUCAUCUUCUUCAAGACUCUUCACUUCUUCCGCAACACUCCGAUUCUCUACCACUACCGCAAAAAUGGUGCCACCAAUCGCACAGAACCGCACGCUCCUGUCAAACCACCCGGACAAGGUCCGCAUGCUUGUUCUGGAAACCGACGAGACACACCCCGACACGCAGCAUGAGACUGGUUCUUUUGGCGUCAUACUGGGGGAGCUCCUCAAGAAGGCUGGAGAUGAGCAUGACCCGCAACUGGGCAUUGAGACAGCCAUGCAGUAUGUUGUUGAGCCGGAAGGCGGCCAGGUGCCCAAGCCAGAGGAGAUUUCAGACGACGUGCACGCCAUCCUCAUCACUGGUAGCUGCUGGGACGCGCAUGGUGAUGACCCGUGGAUUCUCAAACUGAUGCAGUUCAUACGAGAUGUCUGGCAAAACCGCCCCGAUAUUCGCUUCACUGGAAUCUGCUUUGGCCAUCAGAUUCUCUGCCGUACCCUGGGUUCAACUGUUAAGCCGCAAAAGAACGGCGAGUGGGAGUUGUCACAUCACCCAAUCCACCUCUCAGAUAUUGGGCGCGACCUCUUCAAUCUUCCAGCGACCGAGACCAAAAUCCACCUCCACCAAAUGCAUCUUGACCACGUUGUAAACCCUCCCGAGCCUGGAGCAACAGACUUACUGCCCAAGGACACCAAGGUACAUGUGUGGGGGACGAGCGAGCAUACCGGUGUUCAGGGCGUGUAUAUCCGAAAGAGGCUAUUUACCACCCAAGGACACAUGGAGUUUAACGAGACGCUCGUGAAAAGGCAGCUAGAGAUGAGGGUGGAGAGCGGCAGUGUAGACAAAAAGGAUGCCAACGAGGCUGCAGAAAGGGCCGAUUGGAUGCACGACGGAUUGCUGGUAGCAAAGGCCGUGCUGCGAUUUUUCCACGGCGACGACGAUCGUUUUGACUAGUACCGGGAUGCGCUUUACUGUGUCCGUCGAGGGUGGCUAUGCAUCUUGCCAAAGCAUAUCAUUGGCGUUUGGGUUCGGGGAAUUUUGUACAGUACACGAUGCAUGAAAGCGACUCGACUUUUGACUCGGCCACGGAAUUCCCAUGCCACUUCUCCAUGAAGCAAGCUUGCAUGUGUAUCACGAUUGUCCUUCUCUUCUACCAGUUGGGCUUCUUCGGCCGCGGCACGUUACGCUGCUGUCU